GUGUGUGUGUGUGUGUGUGUGUGUGUGUGUGUCUGUGUCUCGCGGCGGCGGCGCGCGGCCUCGGCCCCCGGCCGAGCUCUCGGGGUUCCCGUCCUGAGGGGCGUCGCCCGCUGUCACUGUCACCACCCCGCGGAGCCCCUGCGGAGGGGAGCAGGCCCGGCCCUGUCGCCGGGCGGAGAAGAUGCUGCCUCUGUCCAUCAAGGAUGACGAGUACAAACCACCCAAGUUCAAUCUGUUCGGCAAGAUCUCGGGCUGGUUUAGGUCCAUCCUGUCGGACAAGACGUCUCGGAACCUGUUUUUCUUCCUGUGCCUCAACCUCUCCUUCGCUUUCGUGGAACUGCUCUACGGCAUCUGGAGCAACUGCUUAGGCCUGAUCUCCGACUCUUUCCACAUGUUUUUCGAUAGCACUGCCAUUUUGGCUGGAUUAGCAGCUUCUGUCAUUUCAAAAUGGAGAGACAAUGAUGCUUUCUCCUAUGGGUAUGUGAGAGCGGAAGUCUUGGCUGGCUUUGUCAAUGGCCUAUUUCUGAUCUUCACUGCUUUUUUCAUUUUCUCAGAAGGAGUGGAGAGAGCCUUAGCUCCUCCAGAUGUUCACCACGAGAGACUGCUGCUUGUUUCAAUUCUUGGGUUCGUGGUAAAUCUCAUAGGAAUAUUUGUUUUUAAGCAUGGAGGUCACGGACAUUCUCAUGGCUCAGGCCAUGGGCACAGUCAUUCCCUCUUUAACGGUGCUCUCGACCCGGCCCAAGGCCAUGGAGAUCAUUGCCAUAGUCAUGAGAUGAAGCACGGUGCUGCACACAGCCAUGACCAUACUCAUGGUCAUGGUCACUUCCAUUCUCACGAUGGUCCUUCUGUAAAAGAAACAACAGGACCCAGUAGACAGAUUUUACAAGGUGUAUUUUUACACAUCUUGGCAGAUACACUUGGGAGUAUUGGUGUCAUUGCUUCUGCUAUCAUGAUGCAGAAUUUUGGUUUGAUGAUAGCAGAUCCUAUCUGUUCAAUCCUCAUAGCCAUGCUUAUUGUUGUAAGUGUUAUUCCUCUUUUAAGAGAAUCUGUUGGAAUAUUAAUGCAGAGAACUCCUCCCCUGUUGGAAAAUUCUCUGCCUCAGUGCUAUCAGAGGGUGCAGCAGUUACAAGGAGUUUACAGUUUACAAGAACAACACUUCUGGACUUUAUGUUCUGAUGUCUAUGUUGGGACAUUGAAGUUACUCGUAGCACCUGAUGCUGAUGCCAGGUGGAUUUUAAGCCAAACACAUAAUAUUUUCACUCAGGCUGGAGUGAGGCAGCUUUAUGUACAGAUUGACUUUGCGGCCAUGUAGCGAAUGAAGAGAAAUUACUUUCUGGACCAAAUUUUUCUGGUACUGUACAAUCCAAAACAUUGUACCCAGCUCUUUAAACUAGAGAAAUCAUCGCCACAACUCCCAGCUCCUGGCAGACCAGGUAGCCAGCCACGUGUGCUCUGCAGGGAGCACGGCAGAGGUCGCUGCUGAGACAGGGUCGCUGCAUGGGUCUUGCUUUGUGCUCUCCCCACCAAGCCAUUCUGAUUGCUGAGGUUUCUGGUUUUGUUCUAGGGUGUUGGUUUGUCCUAUAUAUACUUCUUUUCUUCUUUAUUUGGCAAUGGCGGUGGAGGUUCACAUUAGAUGCCUUCACUCUGUCCCCUCACCCCACCCAGCCAGUGAGAAAUUCAGAUUGUGAGUCUGCAGCCAUCUGAACUAUCUUCACAGAAGCUGCUGGAAACCACUGCUUUUAUCCUCUCAAAACCAGUGUUACUUUAAAAAAAAAAAGAAAAAAAAAAAGAAAAGCUGUUUUAUACAUAAUGUCACAGUUGUUGACGAUCUUCAGUAUAAUCAUAUGUUUGUAAAACUGUUUGUACCUUGCAAACUUAUGAACCAAACCAUAUUGGGUUUUCAAAGUGCCUUUGUAUUAGCAAAUGUAUUUGCCAACAUAGAAGUGUACCAUCAAGUUCAUGUGUAUUCUGUAAUCUGUAUAAAAUAAGACUCUUGCAAGUAAAGUAUACAGAUUGUUGUGUACUUCCAGCCUAAGAUAGAUAUUGAAGUUUCUUUUUAUUGUUUUAUCUCAUCAAAAAAGUGUUCGAUUUUUAAAAAAUCAAUAAUCAUAUUAAAUUACUUUGUGAACUGGA